AUAGUUCAAUUGGAAGUUUUAUGAUCCAAUAUCACAAAACUGACUGAAUUGAGUGGUUAGGUUGAAAGAACUGAAUUUGACAUAAUGAAGAAUCAUCAUUUUUAUUCAGUGCUCAUUUACUUGGUGCUUAUAAAUUCAGUGUUAUUUGUAAAAUCUUAUAAGUUUCAAGAAACAUUGGGUCAUAUUAAACCCAACACUGACGCAAAUGUUCAAACUGAAGCAGCAAAAGACUUGGUUCGUAGGGUAAUUGGAUCCAGGUCAACGGAUUUUCUAAUAUUAGUUGACCCACAGCUUAAGUCAGAAAAUAAAGAUCUCUUCAAGGUGUGGAAAGAGAAUAAAAUAGUAAAAAUAGUUGGUACGACUGGUGUUGCUGUUGCGACGGGAUUUAAUUAUUAUUUAAAGUAUUUUUGUAAUUGUCACAUUUCCUGGGAGGCCUCACAGUUGGAUUUGCCGGAAGACUUACCCGAAGCUAAUGUUACCAUUACCUUAAACGAUAGGUUUAGAUAUUACCAAAAUACAUGUACUACCAGUUACAGUUUUGUUUGGUGGGAUUGGACUCAAUGGGAAAAUCACAUCGAUUGGAUGGCAUUGAAUUCCUUCAAUUUAGUUUUAGCUUUCAAUGGGCAAGAAGCUAUUUGGGAAAGAGUAUAUAAAAAGCUUAAUUUCACGCAGGGAGAUAUCGAUGAACAUUUUACGGGUCCAGCAUUUUUAUCUUGGUUACGGAUGGGUAACAUGCGAGGAUGGGGUGGACCUUUAUCUACUCAUUGGCACGAGAGAUCAAUAUGGAUACAGAAAAAGAUUUUAGAAAGGAUGCGUAGUUUGGGUAUAAUUCCAGUACUACCAGCAUUUGCUGGCCACUUACCGAGAGCUAUUAAAAGAUUAUAUCCUGAUGUCAAUGUGACUAAAAUGAAUGUAUGGAAUCAUUUCAAUGAAUCUUAUUGUUGUCCAUAUUUUCUUGAACCAACGGAAAAUCUUUUUAACGUUAUUGGAAAAAUGUUUCUUGAAGAGCAAACGAAAGAAUUCGGAACCGAUCACGUGUAUAAUUGUGACAGUUUCAAUGAAAAUGAUCCUUACACAACUGACCUUACUUAUUUAUCAAAUGUUGGACAAAGUAUAUUUGCUGCUAUGACAGCUGUAGAUCCCGAAGCUGUUUGGUUAAUGCAGGGGUGGUUGUUUUAUAACAAUCAAUAUUGGUCUGAUUUGGAAAGAGCUAAAGCUUUAAUAACCAGUGUACCUUUGGGGAAAAUGUUAAUACUUGAUCUUCAAUCUGAAGAAUUUCCCCAGUAUGGCAGAUUAGAACAGUAUUUUGGGCAACCAUAUAUUUGGUGUAUGCUCCACGAUUUUGGAGGGACUUUAGGCAUGUUUGGAUCUGCUAAUAUCAUAAAUGAGAGAGUUUUCGAGGCUAGGAACCAUGUAAAUAGUACAAUGGUAGGAAUAGGCUUAACACCGGAAGGUAUUAAUCAAAAUUAUGUAAUCUAUGAUUUGAUGUCAGAAAAUGCUUGGAGAAAAGCACCUACUAAUUUGACCGAAUGGUUUAGGCAAUACUCUAUUAGAAGAUAUGGUAAAGUUAAUGAAAAAAUAUCUGGCGCAUGGCUUAUUUUGAAGGAUACUGUUUAUAAUUUUCAUGGAAUAGAACGAAUGAGAGGAAAAUACGCAAUCACUUGGACUCCAACUUUGAAAUUAGAUGUAUGGACAUGGUAUAAUUAUACAAAAUUAUUUGAGGCAUGGGAUAUUUUUGUCAAAAAUGCCGACGACUUAAAAGAUAGUCCGGCUUAUCAACACGAUCUAGUAGAUUUAACCAGACAAGUUCUUCAAGUUUACGGUGAUAUUUUCUAUGAAGACAUAAUUCAUCAUUUCAACUCUAAUAAUAUUGGAAAUUUUCAAGAGAAAGCUAAAAUAUUUCUGAGUAUAUUUGACGAUCUGGAACUUAUUCUGUCUACAAAUAAAGCGUUCUUAUUAGGACCAUGGAUUGAUUCGGCCAAAAAAUGUGCCAAUACUACAAAGGAAAGCGAUCUUUUUGAAUAUAAUGCAAGAAACCAAAUUACUCUAUGGGGACCAGAAGGAGAAAUCAUUAACUAUGCUAACAAACAGUGGUCAGGCAUUGUUGCAAGUUUUUUCAAACCACGUUGGAACAUAUUCAUUACAAGUAUGAAUAGCAGUCUUGUUAACGAUGUACCUUUCAACGAACAAGAUGUGAAAUAUGAAAUGUUUAAAAAUGCCGAAGAGCCAUUCACAUUUGACCGCACUGUAUAUCCCGUGGAACCAAUAGGUGAUCCUGUCAAAGCUGCGAAAAAAAUUCACGAGAGAUGGAUAAACCGAUAUGAGAAGAAGAAACAUUUUGCUGUCAACUAUGGUAGUAGAUCUAGAUAUAUUUCUAAAUUGGUUAAGGCCGCAAAACGCAAAUUGAAACUUGAAUGACACAAGAAAUUGCUCAACAGAUAGGAAUUUGACUACUAUUUGUAAUUACGUUUCGAAAAACAACAAUGAUUCACGAUGAUUAGUCAAGAUUCAACCAAAAAGUUGUCUAAAUUUAUCAAAAAAAUAAUAAAAAAAUAUGUAAUA